AUGCUCAUCGACAGCCAGGUGGGGGCGCCGGUGCGGGACAAGAAGAUGCGGGACCGCCUCCGUCUUCCCCACAUCUCACAGUGCGAGGAGCUGCGGGAGGCAUCUGCUGGCGGCCCCUUCCACAGCACAUGCCUCCAGCAGCCCUUGGGCCGCCGCCUCUUCCGGCAGUUCCUGGAGGCCCCUGAGAGCCCCUAUGAAGCGCCUGCAGGGCUCUGGAAGGCCCUUGAAGAAUACGGGGAGGCUGAGGAGGCUGAACGGAGACAACGAGCUCAACAGGCCAUCAACCGGUUCUUGGAGGUGUCUUCACCACUCUUCUGCACCUUUCUGGAGGAGAAGACGUUGGCCAAAGUCAAGGCUGAAGCCAACCAGGCCCGGGGAGACCUCUUCAAGGAGGUGGAAGAAGAGCUUCUCCAACAUCUGGAGGCCCAGGCAUGGGGCCCCUUCCAGGACAGCCCCUUCUUCUCCCGCUUCCUCCAGUUCAAGUGGUUGGAGGCCCAGCCAGUGACGGAGGAAUGGUUCCUCGACUUCCGGGUGUUGGGCAAAGGGGGGUUCGGGGAGGUCUGUGCUACGCAGAUGCGGGCCACUGGCAAGAUGUAUGCCAACAAGCGGCUCAACAAGAAGCGCCUCAAGAAGAGGCAUGGCUACGAGGGCGCCAUCGUGGAGAAGCGCAUCCUGGCCAAGGUGCAUAGCCGCUUUGUGGUGACGCUGGCCUACGCCUUCCAGACCAAGACAGACCUCUGCCUCGUCAUGACCCUCAUGAAUGGUGGCGACCUCCGGUACCACAUGUACAACGUGGAUGAGAAGAACCCGGGCUUCCCGGAGCCACGCACCAUCUUCUACACAGCCCAGAUCAUCUGCGGCCUGGAACACCUCCACCAGAGCCGCAUCAUCUACCGCGACCUCAAGCCCGAGAAUGUGCUGCUCGAUGACGCCGGCCACGUGCGCCUCUCUGACAUGGGGCUGGCUGUGGAACUGCCCGAGGGGCAAGUGAAAACCAAGGGGUACGCGGGGACCCCAGGGUUCAUGGCACCGGAGCUGCUGCGGCAGGAGGAGUAUGACUGGAGCGUGGACUACUUCACGUUGGGCGUCACCCUCUAUGAGAUGAUCGAGGCCAAGGGGCCCUUUCGGACCCGGGGGGAAAAGGUGGAGAACAAGGAGGUGACACGGCGCAUCCUGAAUGACCCCGUGAGCUACUCGGAGAAGUUCAGCCCCGAGUGCCAGGCGACGUGUGAGGGGCUGCUAGUGAAGGACCCCACUGGGCGCCUUGGCUUCAAGGACAACAGCUGCGCUGAGCUCAAGGCCCAGCCUCUCUUCCGCACUGUCAACUGGGAGCGUCUGGCGGCAGGCCUGUUGGCACCCCCGUUUGUGCCCGACCCUCGCAUGGUCUACGCCAAGGACAUCGACGAUGUGGGCGCCUUCUCCACCGUGAAGGGCGUGGUGCUGGACGAGACCGACCGGGUCUUCUACGAGGACUUCGCCUCUGGCACCGUGCCCGUGUCGUGGCAGGAGGAGAUGCUCGAGACAGGCGUCUUCGGCGAGCUUAACGUCUGGGGGCCCCCCGGCACCCUGCCCCCUGAUCUGGAUCACAAUGUCAGCCCUGAUGCCGGGUCUGCCAAGUCAGGGGCCUGCUGCCUUCUCUGAGACCACCCCCCACCCCGCCUUCUCAGGAAGGCCUAGAGGGACGGGGAGGGAACCCAGCCAUCUGGGCUCCACACCCCCCAACCCUCCCCCCGAUCCAUUUCCGCAGAAUCCAGGUGUCCGGGUUUUCUCCCCAGAGUGGGGGGACAGCCCCCCACAUCUGCCCUUCCCAGAGCAGGGAGGGAACCCAGGUUUCCCAGCUCCCCCCCUGCAGAGCCCACACCCCAUCCCCAGGGAGAGGAAAGAACCCAGGUUUCCAGGCUCCCAUCACCCCCUGCUCUGACCCCCAGCCCUGACUCCCCUCCUGGAACUGGGAGCCCAGACACCUGGGUCCUCUCCCUGGCUGUGGAGGAGGAUAGCAGGGGACUCUUGGGUCCUUUCCUUGCCUGGGGGUGCUGGCGGGUUAUAGCAGGGGUUGCUGGGAUCCCGGAUGCCCGGGUUCUUUCCCCAUAACUCUAGCAGGGGUUGUUUGGAGUGGGGGCCCGGACACCACGGUCCUACCCCCGGGCAGGUGAGGCAGAGGCUCCCAGCUCUAGGCCAUGUUCAUCCUAUUUACUCGUCAGAAGUCAAACAACUUACUAGCAUUUUACACCCCUUAACUCCACCCCUUCCCCUCCCAGCACCUGCCCAGGGAGACCCUGGACCCUCAGGGACCAGAAUAGAACCCAGGCAUCCUGCUCCCCUGUCCACCCUACCUCUCCCUCCAGGGGUACCCCAACUGCUGUAGUUCACCCCCCCCCAUCACCCACAGCGCUGUAGGCGAUUUUGUAUAAAAGAAUACAAUUGGGUUGUGAUCACUGCUGUCGCCUCCGGCUGUUAUUUCCUCUGCCUGUAGCUUGUCCCUUGGGGAGGGGUUGGGUGGGGGGUGACACACAUUGUCACCCAGGCCCAGUGUCCUGGGUCUUUAAGUCACACUAGCAGCUGUUGAGAGCUACAGCCACCCAUCAUGUGGCUUGUGAAUAUUCUCAUAGCUACAGUCAUAAUUGCACCGUCACAGGCUUGUGGAUAUACCCGCAGCUAUAGUCACUCAUGAUGAUGAUGUCCUGGUCUACCAUGUGCUACAGUUGCCACUGUCUAGCUGUAGGCCCAUACAGUUAUAGUCGUCAGUCAUGGCCCCUCCCAAAGGCAGUUACUGAGAGCUGGUAUAAUAGUUGUUCAUUAUUACACCAGCUCUCAGCUUCUCACAGGUGGCUGUCUCCUGGAGUGGCUGUGACCAUAAACAAGUACAUGACAGUAGAACACAGCUGGAGUCACCCUCAGUUGCAGCUACAACCUCAGCUGAUCACAAUAUGAUGCACAGUUGCAAUGCUCCAAGACACAACUGGACACCCAGUCUCACCCCCAGCGACAACCGGACACAAUAACAACCCCUUCCAGAUGCAGACAGACAUACAGUUACAUCCCGUUACAACCAGAUGUGCAGUCAGAGCCAUCCUCAGCUACAGCCACAUGGAACUGCAACUGCUCCUUUUCACAGCCAAACACACAGUCACCCCCAACUACAUCCGGAUGCACAGUCGGAAUCACCCCCAGUUACAGCUACAACCAGUGCAAGACACUGUCAUUCCCAGCUACAGCCUGAGACACAGGCACAGCUAAAACCAUUGCAGCUGCUCCUGGUCAGAACCACUCCCAGUCACACAUAGUCACAAUCAAAUGCACAGUUACAACCAACCCUAGGUACAGCCUGUGGUAGUCACAAACUAACACAUUCACAACUGCUCCAGAUCACACAGUACCUUCCAGAUACAGCCUGAGACACAGUCAUAACCACUCCUGGUUACAGCCGGUGACAGUCAAAACUACCCCAGGACACAGCCUGAGACACAAACACAGUCAUGCACAGUUACAGCCUGAAACACAGGCAUGA